AUGAGGACCCUGUGCAGUGGCCCAGCAGUGCCCAUCCUGCUCCUCCUGCUCGUGGGCACGGUGCCCACCCGUGCCCAGACCUCCUGCCUCCACUUCCCCGACCUCCUGCCCACCAAGCUCCGAGAGAUGAGGCUCAAAUUUGAGGAAAUCAAGGAUUAUUUUGGCAGCCUGGGCUGCCAGGCGGUGUCGGAGAUGAUCUCCUUCUACAUGGACGAGGUGCUGCCCAGCGCCGCCAGGAGCAGCAUGCACAGGAAUGGAAUCUACAAGGCCAUGGGGGAGUUYGACAUUUUCAUCAACUACAUCGAAAAAUAUCUGACGAUGGGCAGAAGGAAGUGA